AUGCCACCACACGUCCAGGUUAUUCGCUGUAUCCGUGUCCAUAAUAACAAAUAUCGCUCUAACGGGUUCCCGAGUGCGGUAUGCUUCACGUCCGCCCUUUCUUUCAACUCCUCGUAUCAGGUGGACCACUUCAGCUUCAGCAAGCGGGACGUCUUCCGCCAGCGCUACCUGGUGUACGACAAGCACUGGAACCGCAAAGGCGGUCCUAUUUUCUUCUAUACCGGAAACGAGAUGAACAUCGAAGUGGCAGCCAAUCAGAUGGGUGUGAUGUACAACUGGGCUCCAGACUUCAAAGCUAUGCUGGUGUUCGCGGAGCAUCGUUACUACGGAGAUUCUCUGCCCUACGGCGAGCUCUCCUUCAGCGGUCGAGAAAGACGCGGCUACCUGACGACGGAACAGGCUCUCGCCGACUUUGCGCACCUGAUCCAGCACAUCAAGGCUACGGUGCCCGGAGCGAGGAAGAGCCCAGUGGUGACUUUCGGAGGGGGAUACGGCGGCAUGUUAGCUGUCUGGAUGAGGAGGAGGUACCCGCACCUAGUCACAGGCGCCUAUGCGUCAAGUGCUCCAAUCGGGUACUACAGCAGCGAAGUACCCUGUGGAAAGUUCCUGAAGGCCAUCACCGAAAACUACAGGACUCAUUCGUCCAAUUGUGUGGAGAGCAUCCGGCGAUCCUGGGGAAUCAUCGACAGAAUGGCUGAGACAGACACGGGCCUGGAGUUCUUGACGGACACGUUUCACGCCUGCCAGAGACUUACCCCGGACAGCGUGCCUGUCCUCAAGCAGUGGCUGCGGGAGGUUUACCAGACAUUAGCCAUGCUCGAUUACCCGUAUGAAACGGAUCUCUUUGGAAAACUUCCUCCCCACCCCGUAAAGGAAGCUUGUCGACUCCUGUGGAACCCUCUGCAAACAGAUCCAGACCUCAUAUCCAGCCUGCAUAAAGCAGCUUCCAUCUUGUACAACAGCACCGGAGAUGCCGCCUGCUACAGCGUAGAUGGGGUGCCUGGCGACCAUUCCGGGUGGAGCUUUCAGACGUGUACCGAGCUGAUAAUGCCCACGUGUUCGGAUGGAGUAAGCGACAUGUUCCAGCCUGAGGCUUGGGAUCUGAAGAAGUUAGCCAAGAGGUGCCAGCAGAGGUUUGGCGUCACGCCUGAUCCGUCAAGGCUUAAGAUGCUUUACGGAGGCAGCGACAUGAGUAGCACCACCAACCUCGUAUUUACCAACAACAUGCGUGACCCCUGGCACGACGGAGGCAUGUCCAAGAGCACGGAGACCCUGACGGCAAUAUCGGUGCGGAACGGAGCAUACAUGUUGGAUCUGAGGAUGCCCAACGAUCACGAUCCUAUCUCUGUUGCUUGGGCAAGGACUAGGGUCAAGAGCGUCCUCUGGAGGUGGCUCAUGCCCAGAUUUGACAUCUUCGGAUGA